AUGAGUAGCUUGAUUGGCAGCACAAUGCGCUUCGAUGCGCGCAUUCUGCACGACUUUGAUCUAAAGGUGGUACCCUUGUUGUACAGCUUGAAGGCUAGUGUCUCCGACAUCAACCCCCUUGAUGAGCACUAUGAGGAACUCAAGAAUCAGAUUGAGACGCCUUUUUUGAGGGACGGGGAGUCGGAGCGUAUAAAGGUGCUGAACAAUCGCAUGAUGCUCUGGCGCUGUUCUCGUCGCACAGACCGGACAGGCAUUCUGGCACAAGGUUUGCAAGUAGCACCUUUUGAUGCGCCUUCGACGGGGUAUUUGUUGAGCAAGGGCGCCUGCUUCUCCGACGUGGUGAGCAAAUCCGCUGAUUACUGCUGUACCUCGCCCAGUGCCUUCUCCUCUGUAAAGUGGCUGUCGGUAAAACUCAAGACUGUUUCGCUGCCAGUACUUCUCGAGCCUUCAGGCAAACUGGCAGUCGCAGAGGCAAAUCUGUGCCUUUUCAAGCUGUUGCUUUGCUCGAAGAGUGUGUCAACCUUCUUUUAUAUGUACUGCCUCUUGGCAAGCAUGCCUACUUGA